CACCUACGCCCCCCGUCGCGUAUCUAUCUUAAUUUGAGAUGACGCGACGGCGUGACAAAAAUGCAGCGAUCUUCUCAUGCGGCAGAUAGUACUUGACGAUCUUUGUUCCUUAUUAUCUUUCGGAAACUACAUAAAUGAUGUCCGAGGAACCCGAGGCGGAGCAGGACGUUCUCUCCUUUUCGGAGCGCGUCCUGAAGCAGAGCCAGCACGCGCAGGCCCACUGUCUGAAAAAAGCCGCCGAGUACCGCCAGGACCCAACUAGGCUGCUCCUUGAUUUAACGGCUCUACGAGAGACGGUGCUCUCGACCAAGGUUCCGGGAAGCCAAACGGGUGUCCGGGCGCUGGUGAGAGGCUGUGAAGCCCUUCGGAGAUCACAAGUUGCAAGGUAUGUCGAGGAGAAUUACUUGCUACAACCCGGUCCGGCUGCUCUUCAACAAGGAAACAGCAGCGGUACGAGCGAAGAGGUAAAUGCUCAACUGCAGCACAAUCAGGACGCAGGUGGACCGCAGUUCCUUUACGACAACCCAGCACAACAUGCUGAAGAAGGAACACCAGCAGAUCCCAGCAACUUCACGAUUCGCGAACUACUUCUGAAGUUCAGAAGAGCACUCCUCACGUUCUACCACUUUCUCGCGACGCGCCUCACACCGGUACAGCGAAGCGGGCUGCGAUUGGUUUUCGCGUUUUGGAUUUUCACGUGGCUGCUGCAGAGACGGUGGAGAAGGCUGCGAAAUGCUUCGGAAAUUACACGAACUGGAGCUACAACUUCUAUUAAAGCCAAGAAAAAUUAUUUUUCUAGCGAACUGAAUUCCACAAAAUCAAAAUCCCUCGCAUCGUCCGGAGCAGUGGCUCAGCUCAUUGGCC